AUGUGGGAGGAGCUGUCCGGCUGUUAUCGAUUGAGCAAUCGGUUUCUUUUCAGUGAAGCUAAGGUGAUUCGUGAUUCUCAGACGCAAAAGUCUAAAGGAUACGGUUUUGUGUCAUAUCCCUUGAAAGAAAAUGCCGAGAAGGCCAUAUCGUCAAUGAACGGGCACUGGCUUGGCCGCCGUGCUAUCCGAACCAAUUGGGCUACACGAAGGCCAGCAGACGAAGCCAGAGAAAAACUUCACUUUCGAACAGGUAUCGUUUUCAAUUCAACUAAGCCGGACAACACGUCCGUUUAUGUAGGAAACGUUAAUCCGAACACCACCGAAAAUGAUCUACGGGAGCCGUUUUCUGUGCAUGGCGAAAUCACUGAGGUGAGGCUCUUCAAGGCGCAAGGCUACGCAUUCGUACGAUACGAGCGCAAAGAAUGCGCCACGAACGCCAUCAUGGACAUGAAUGGCAAGGAAAUCGGAGGCAACACGAUACGCUGUUCAUGGGGACGAAUGCAACAAGUGGUUAGUCAUUAA